UUUUAAGUAAACAUGAGCAUAAACAAGAAAAGGCUGCUUGUGCUGCUAGUGGUCUUGUACAUUGGAAGAGGAGAGAUGGGUCAUGUCACAGCUUUUAGGUUCCAGCCGGGGAGUUUUCUAUUCUUCACAGACAUACUAACAGAACCCCUCUGGAUCGCCCUUUCAAAACUAAAAUCAGUUUUAUUCCCCUCUGCCUGCCCUGAAUGGUUUAUCUCACUGAGUGGCAAAUUAUUUGACAGUCAAGUUAUUCAUUGGUAUGAUUUUUAUGAGUUUGCAAUGGAGGGGUUGUUUUAUACUAAGAAUGUUGCUGAGAUACCACCAGCUAUUUGGUUGACAGGAAUCUUCGAUCUUGUAAGAUUCCAUAUCAGACAAUUAUUCUCAGAGUUUGAUUAUGGGUUUUGGGAAUUGGAAGCGCUUUAUUGAGUAAAGAAAAUAACAGUACAUAUUACUAUAUGGGAAGAGAAGGGGAAAGAGUAUUUCGAAAUGAAAAGGAGAUGUAUCGGGAGUCGAGUAGGGAAGUAUUUCUUACCAUUAUAUCAGGGGAUUGAUACAUCAGACUGUUCCGAGGUUGAUCCAAUCAUUCUAAGAUUUUCCGAAAGUCCCAUUGAUCCUGUAUUGAGCUAUUCCCUUUUGAUUUGGAAAAUACUUUUUCUUUUAUGUGUUAUUGGAGCAAUUGUGAUAAUGAUGAAGCUAUUCUUAGCAGAAUGGAAGAUUUAUGAGAACCUAAGGUCUACUCAGCCUGAAGGAUCUAUUGAAAUUAUGAAUAAAAGUUCUUGGAAAUCUGAAAGCUUAAGUAGAGAAAGAGUAUCCUUUUCAGAGUUUUUCAAUGAUCAAGAUCAGGACAGUGUGAAUGUUGGAUUGGCUAAAUCAUCCAAUUUACCAAAUAGCCAAUUUAACAGUGUGAACUAUGAUAAUUCAUUAUAA